GUUAAUUUCAGCGUUUGCAGCACUCUUGUUUUUACACUUGAGCUUAAUUACGAGCGAUCUUACCAAAAAAAAUCGGAUGCAUUGGACAUAGGAAUAAUCGUGAUGAAGAAUUUAAAUGAAUUAAUUUUAAUCAUCACACUCUUUGUGUCUGCGAUAUUUGCCGCGCCCUAUUCCUCUGACGAACAUGAGGGUACAAUAGCUCCCCUGCUUUCUUCCCAAAGUACAGAUGCAAUUCCCGAGCAGUAUAUCGUAGUUUUCAAGGAGCAUGUCGAUCCUGCAGUAGUCGAAGGUCACCUUGCUCGGGUCAAUAAUUUAAUCUUGAAGAAAAUGGCACACGCACACGAAAAUUACGGUAUUCGGCAAAGUUUUGGUAUUGGAAAGCUAAAAGGAUAUUCCGGAAGAUUUUCUUAUGACAUAUUGAACUUCAUCAGACACUUAAACGAGGUGGAAUAUGUUGAACAAGAUCAAUACGUAUUUGCCAUUGAUACUCAAGAGCAUGCACCCUGGGGCAUUUCUCGUAUCUCACAUCGUUACGAUUGGGACGAGGAUCACAGACACACUUACCAUUUCGAAUAUGACACCGGUGAAGGUGUAACCGUUUACGUUAUUGAUACCGGAGUCAGGAUUGAUCAUGUUGAGUUUGAGGGUCGUGCUUCGUGGGGUAAAACAACCUCGUCCGGCGACCCGACCGAGUUUGAUGGAGAUGGUCAUGGCACCCAUGUCGCCGGAAUUAUUGCUGGAAAACACGUUGGUGUUGCCAAGGAUGCAAAAAUUGUGGCCGUUAAGGUCUUGGAUUCAAAUGGUAGAGGUACUUGGUCGGAUGUCUUGCUCGGCAUAGAAUUUGCCGUUGUGAAGCAUAAUGAACAAGUUGAAGAUCAAAACUCUAAUUUCACGGGUUCCGUCAUAAAUAUGAGUUUGGGUGGAGGGUAUAGUAAAAUAAUUAAUGUGGCUACCAAUGAGGCAAACGACGCUGGUAUUAGCGUUGUUGUAGCCGCGGGUAACGAACGCGCGGAUGCGUGUAAUUCAUCCCCUGCCUCAGCUGAAGGAGCCACCACUGUUGGAGCCACCACAAUCUCUGAUGAUUUUGCUUGGUUUUCAAAUUACGGUCCCUGUGUUGACGUCUUUGCACCCGGUGUAGAUAUAAAAUCUUCGUGGAACUCGUUACCCACAUCAUACAUCUCCCUCUCGGGAACUUCCAUGGCAUCUCCACAUGUGGCAGGAUUAAGUGCAUACUUCCUAUCCCUUUACCCUAGGUCGUCUCCAGAAUUCAUCAAGAAACUUAUCGUCAAAUGGGCUACGCCCGAUGCUUUACUAGAUGUUCCAGAGUCAAGUGUCAAUCUAUUGGCAUACAAUCACGUGUGUCAUCACGAUGAAUGUUCAGAUUUACGAUUUGGAUAUCAAGGAUAA